CCUAUCUCAGUAUUAAUGAGGGUCAAAUGCCUGCCACAGUUGGUGUACUGAAUACCAGUGAGACAUACAGCCCUUAUACUCUAUUGAAAGAUGAUGACACCAGCUUCCAAGAAAACACCGUGCUUAGGAACAAUAGCUGCUCUUAGCCUUAUCUGCUCUGUUCUUCCAUACUUUCUGUAUUUUGAGCCUCCAUCUGCUGGUUGCCCAUUUACAACUACAUUAGCUCAGAAGGAAAAUAAUGAAAGUGUGACAUCAAAUGAAAAGCCCAUAGUCCUGCUGUGGUUCUGGCCUCUUGGUGUGAAGUUUGAUUUCAAAGAUUGCUCUACCCACUUCAACAUUGACAGCUGUGUUCUGACAGAUGACAGAUCCCUCUACAGCAAAGCACAGGGAGUCAUUUUCUUCCAUAGAGAUAUAGACUGGAAUUUGCGAAACAUGCCGCAGGCUCCACGUCCAGCUUUUCAGAAGUGGAUUUGGUUCCACGUGGAAUCCCCGACAAACACGGCGACGAUACCGGGUCUGGACAACCUGUUCAACUUAACACUGAGCUACAGAAGAGAUGCUGACAUCACAGUGAGGAAUGAGCUCACUAUCAGGGAUUCAGAAACGAAAGAUGACUUUGUUCUGCCCAAGAAAGAUAAAGUGGUGUGUUGGAUUGUCAGUAACAACAACCCAGCCACUGGAACAGCUGUGAGAGAUAAAUAUUAUCACGAACUGUCUAAAUACAUUAAGAUCCACGUCUUUGGUGCAGCUUUUGGUCACCGGUUGAAAUAUGAAGACUAUUACUCAACCAUUGGUAGCUGUAAGUUUUACCUCUCAUUUGAGAACUCGAUCCACAGAGACUACAUCACAGAGAAGGUUAACGGGCCCCUUGUAGCAGGGACGGUCCCUGUAGUUCUGGGUCCACCAAGAGAAAACUACCACCAGUUCCUUCCCUCUGAUGCCUUCAUUCACAUAAAUGAUUUCCCUGACGCAAAGUCACUGGCAGAGUUUCUGCUCCUCCUGAACAGGACGGAUGAGGCAUACAUGCGUUACUUUGAGUGGAGGAAGUUCUACACAGCCACUCCUCAUCUCCUGUCUAUGAAGAAUGAAUUCAUUCAGCCCAUUUGCCUCGCCUGCGACCACAUCUCAAGAGAUGAAGAUUUCCACGUUGUACAUGACCUUUAUAAGUGGUACUCUUCAUGAAAACCUCAAUGAGAACAUCAUUUGACAGUGGCUCACAGAUGCAUGUUAAUACACAGAUUAUAUACAAGAUUCUUGAGAUUCUGCCUAUAAUUUGGCACAUUUCAACACUGUAUUCUAGUAUACACUGUAUUCUAGUAUACACUGUAUUCUAGUAGUCACGAUAAGCUGGCUCAAACAAGCUGCAGAUUGAUGACAGAUCUGUGAGGUAAACAAGAGGCUCCAGCCAGCAGCUAGAAGAUGGUGGAGACAAAGGUGCUUUUGACAGUUUAUGUCCAGUAUUUGCUUCGGGUCAUCUGUCAGGUCAAUGCUCAUUCAUGCUUUAUUUGUUUUUCAUUCACACUUUCAGUGUGGAUAAGAAGUUAGCUUUGGAGCUGAAGAAGAUGGAUGAUAGUGUAACCGGAUUAUAUGAUUUGUUUAGUUGGGUUGAUACAAAGGGACUAAGUCUCUGUGACUAUGUUGUUACUCAGUGUCAUGUAAUGACCUCAGCCAGUAUCAGACGUGUAGCUACUGUUGGUUGAUAUUGGCAAUGCUGGCAAUAAUGAAUUUUAUUGGGAUGAGUUGACUGGUUAUCUGUUUGAUUAUGUUUUACUCUGUAAAUGUAAUAUAUUUGCUUUGUUUAUAACUUCAGAAAAUCAUAAUUAAGUUUUCAAUGCUUAUCCAUGGGCUCAUUUUGUUUUAUAGUAAAUUUUGCUUUCUGGUUUUUGGCAUCAGGAAUUUGUAUUGAUCAAUAUAGCUGUUAUUCAAUAAAGAUGUAGUCUUUCAAA